AUGCGCAUUGUGGGUCGUGGUGCUUUUGGAAAGGUCCGCAUCGUUGAACAUCGAGAAUCUCGUAGAUUAUAUGCAUUGAAAUACAUUGACAAGGAGGAAUGUAUUCGAAUGGACGCUGUGCGUAAUAUAAUUCGAGAACGAGUGAUUCUGGAGCAGCUGGACCAUCCCUUCUUAUGCCGGUUGAGGUUUGCUUUCCAAGACAACGAUUACAUGUACAUGGUGACUGACUUGAUGUUAGGUGGGGAUCUGCACUUUCACAUAUCACGUCAAACCUAUUUUUCUGAAGAUAUCAUUCGUUUUUGGUUUGCUGAAUUGGCGUCGGCUAUUAAAUAUCUUCAUCUGAAACGAGUGGUACACAGAGAUAUCAAACCACAUAAUAUUUUAAUGGACGAUAAAGGACAUGUUCACUUGGCCGAUUUCAACAUUGCCACUCAUCUUCAUGCACAUAGACCUUUGACUUCUAAUUCAGGGACAGGAUAUUAUAUAGCACCCGAGGUUUAUAAAGGUGGAGGAUAUAAUGAAGCUGUGGAUUGGUGGAGUUUAGGUGUCACGCUGUAUGAAUGUAUAUACCAAAAAAGACCGUUUGAAUAUGAAACUUCAGAGGAUUUACAGGCAGCGAUACGAAGAGGAUAUGUGAAAUAUCCUACCAAGGACCGUCAAGUGUCAGGCGAAUGUUUAGCAGUGAUACAAGGAUUUCUGGAAGUCAACCCCAACAAAAGAUUAGGAUAUGGCGAUGCGGGAUGGGCAGCAUUAGUACGACACCCAUUUUUUCGACCGAUCAACUGGAAUAAACUCGAGUCUAAAUCAAUACCACCUAUAUUUGUGCCUGCAACCCAAAACAACUUUGACCUAACAUACGAUCUAGAAGAGCUCUUUUUGGAAGAAUCACCACUGACAGCACAUACUACCAAACGAGUGCAUAAAUCCAAUCGAAAGAGUUUAAAUGAUGCGAUUACGAGUAAACGUGAACGUGAUCUAAAUAUGAUUGAUGAGAAAUUCAAAUACUUUGAUUUUACAAUCUUUGAAAAAUAUGAAGGAUUUAAAGACCAUGUUACAAUGACUGUUGGGGAUCCACCGGAUUGGGUUAAACCUGCUUUUGAGGGCGCGGAGCAAGGAGAUAUACUACCUAUCAAAAGAAUAAUGACAGGCAAUCAUGACUUUGAAGACAAUGUAGGUGAUAGUAACUGGCGAGGACCUAAUAAAUCCGCUUCCACUAGCAACAUUACUGCAAGUCCUGCUUUAGCUCUGGGCAAAUACGAUCAAGAUCAAAGCUGGAAAAGAAGCAGUAUGGGCGCAAUACGAAAAUUCAAUAAUAAUAAUAAUAAUAAUGGAAGUAGUAGUAAUUUAACUUCCAGCCCCACUGCUUUAGCUCAUAAUGAAUCUUCAACAAGUCUUAGCGAGGAAUAUGCAUUAUCAUUACAGGGCAUCCGUAAAAAGCAGAGUACCAAAAGUUUUCGUGAGAGAAGGGAAAGAGAUAGAAAAAGUAUUCAAGUCAUUCAACAUCCAUGA